UCGAGGCUGUAGUUACCAUUUCUAACAAUGACUUCAAACAUUCUCAUCUUCUUCCUCCUCAUGAAGCUUGCAUCAUCAUCAUCAUCAUCAUCAUCAUCAAUGGACGGCCAUGAUUUCACCUACAACGGAUUCAACGGUGCAAACGUGACCCUCAAUGGAGCAGCGGAGAUCACAUCAGACGGCCUCCUGAGGCUAACCAACACCAACCCACAACAGAUAGGCCGCGCCUUCUCCUCCAUUCCGGUCAACUUCAAGAACUCAUCCAACGGUCAUCCAUUCUCCUUCUCUACCACUUUUAUCUUUGCAAUCAUCCCCAAUGAUCCUGACCUGAGUGGCCAUGGGAUCGCAUUCGUCAUCUCCCCAUCAAAAGAUCUCCCCCACGCACUACCAAGCCAUUAUCUGGGUCUCUUCAAUUCAAUCAAUAAUGGCAAUUCAUCAAACCACAUCGUAGCCGUCGAAUUCGACACGAUCCUCAGCUCAGAAUUUUCUGAUAUCAAUGACAACCAUGUUGGAAUCGAUAUCAAUGGCUUGAACUCUAUCAAAUCCUCUCCAGCAUCGUACUUCACUAAUGAAAACAGUGACUUUCAGAACAUAAGCCUUAAAAGCAGCAAACCGAUACAAGCUUGGAUAGAUUACAACAGUCUAGAGAAGCAACUCAAUGUAACAAUAUCUCCCAUCAACGUACCUAAACCCAUUCAGCCACUCUUGUCUCUGUCCAUCGAUCUAUCACCGAACAUGUUCAAUGAAAUGCAUUUGGGCUUCUCAUCAUCGACAGGCUCGAUGAUAACAUCCCAUUACAUCUUGGGAUGGAGCUUUAAAAUGAGUGGACCAGCUCGACCACUCAAUAUCCCAACCCUCCAGCUUCUCCUUCAACGAAGACGCCACGCCGGAAAGAAAUCGAUAGUUCUGGAAAUUGCGUUACCCUUAAUUAUCAUUUUCGGGCUAACAAUCAUCUCCAUCAUAAUUUAUAUGGUGAGAAGGAAGAAAAAAUUCGCUGAAAUACUCGAAGAUUGGGAGCUUGAAUACGGCCCCCACCGGUUUUUCUACAAAGAUCUUUUCAUGGCUACCAAAGGCUUCAAAGACAAACGGCUUCUUGGUAUUGGAGGGUUUGGUAGGGUGUAUAAAGGCGUUCUACCGACGUCCGGGAUCGAAAUUGCAGUCAAGAAGAUCUCACAUGGAUCGCUAAUGAGGGAGUUCGUGGCUGAGAUUGCUAGCAUCGGACGGAUCAGACACCGGAAUUUAGUUCGGCUGCUUGGAUACUGCCGGCGAAAGAGAGAACUCCUAUUAGUCUAUGACUACAUGCCAAAAGGCAGUCUGGAUAAGCUGAUCUUUGACCAAGAUAAGCUUAUGUUGACUUGGAGUCAACGAUUGCAGAUAGUCAAAGGAGUAGCUUCAGGUCUUCUCUACCUGCAUGAAGAUUGGAUGCAGGUAGUUCUUCAUAGAGAUAUUAAAGCUAGCAAUGUAUUAUUAGAUCGUGAUUUUAAUGGGGCGUUGGCGGAUUUUGGGCUGUCGAGAUUGUAUGAUCAUGGGACUGAUUUGCAGACGACUCACAUGGUCGGGACCUUUGGCUACAUUGCGCCGGAGUUAAGUAGGACUGGUAAGGCGACGACGAGCACUGAUGUGUUUGCUUUUGGGAUUUUCAUGCUUGAAGUAGCUUGUGGGCGGAGGCCGAUAGUGAUAGGGGUCGAGUCGGGCAAGGAGCUGAUGUUGGUGGAUUGGGUUUUGGAUUGUUGGAAGAGAGGGGUGAUUGUGGAGGCGGCGGAUUCGAAUUUGGGAGGUGAUUAUGUGGUGGAGGAGAUGGAGGUGGUGUUGAAGCUUGGGUUGCUUUGUUCCCAUCCGUUGGCUACGGUGAGGCCGACCAUGCGGCGGGUGGUGGGGUUUUUGGACGGGAAUGAUUUGAUGCCGGAGCUGUUGGCGGAUGGUUUCAAUGGGAAUGUGUUUGAGGUGGGCCAUGAUGAAAGUUUGGAUGAUAUUGUGAUGUCGUUUCCUUCGUUGGAUGGACAAUCUUCUUCCCUCCGUGGCGGCCGUUGAUUGUAUAACAUUGUAGAUACUGAAAUCUUUUUGUAUUGCUUUUGCUCGUAA